UUGCCAAGAGUUUCCAGGCCCGUAUGAAUGCAUGUGUGCGUCAGAUGGCGGAGAUCCUGUAUCAGAUUAAAGGACCACUGAAUCAGAACACUCGUAACACAGCAGAGGCUGAUGCAGACAACGCACUGCGGCCACUCAUGGAGUUCCUCGACACAAACCUCAGCAUCUUUGCAGACAUAUGUGACAAGACUGUGUUGAAGCGUGUGCUAAAGGACCUCUGGAGGAAUGUUCUGAUCUGCAUGGAGAAAACAAUUGUGUUACCUCAGAGCAGCGACAGUAUA